AUGGAGGGAGAUUGUGUUGAGUCGCUGGCAACCAUUAAGAAUAUUGAACGAGAGCUCAUCUGCCCAGCAUGCAAGGAGCUAUUUACCCAUCCGUUGAUCCUUCCCUGUCAGCACAGUAUCUGUCAUAAAUGUGUUAAAGAAAUUCUUUUACUGACAUUUGAUGAUUCAUUUAAUGAUGUGGCAUCAGAGAGCUCCUGUCAAAGUAGCCCUCGGCUUCGGGUCCAGUCUCCUAGUAUGGAUAAAAUUGACAGAAUUAACAGAGCAGGACUGAUCAAUUAUUCAGGCUGGAAACGCAACUCAUUGACUCCUAGGACGACUACUUUUCCCUGUCCUGGUUGUGAGCAUGAUAUUGACCUGGGAGAGCGUGGAAUCAAUGGUUUGUUUCGAAAUUUCACUUUGGAAACGAUUGUGGAAAGAUACCGACAGGCAGCUAGGGCAGCUACAGCCAUUAUGUGUGACCUCUGCAAACCUCCACCUCAAGAAUCCACUAAAAGUUGCAUGGACUGCAGUGCAAGCUACUGUAAUGAAUGCUUCAAAAUAUAUCAUCCUUGGGGCACUGUAAAAGCUCAACAUGAGUAUGUAGGCCCAACCACUAAUUUUAGACCUAAGUUAGAUCCCCAAGGUGUAGAUAUACCAGAGAUCAAUGAAGAACAAAGCAAAAUAUAUAAUAACGCCUUGAUAUGCUGGCAUCAUCCUGAAAAGAAGAUUAAAGCUGAUAGUUAUAUUCUUGAAUAUCGAAAGAUUAGUAGAGAAGAAGAAAUGUUAACCUGGAGUGAGACAGAGGUUUAUAGUACCAGUAAAGUAAUUUCUGACCUUGAGAGUAACAGUAGCUAUGCCUUCAGAGUGAGAGGAUAUAAAGGUUCUGUCUGUAGUCCUUGCAGCAGAGAAGUGAUUCUCCAUACUCCUCCAGCUUCAGUUUUUAGUUUUCUCUUUGAUGAAAAAUGUGGAUAUAACAAUGAACAUCUGUUGUUGAAUCUGAAGAGAGACCGUGUGGACAGUAGAGCUGGAUUUUCUCUUCUGCUUGCUGCUGAGCGUGUCCACGUGGGUUGUUACACAAGCUUAGAUUAUAUCAUUGGAGACACAGGAAUCACCAAAGGAAAACACUUUUGGGCCUUACGUGUAGAACCAUAUUCAUACAUGGUUAAAGUAGGAGUUGCUUCCAAUGAUAAACUACAAGAAUGGCUCCACAAUCCUCGUGAUAUAAGUAGCCCAAGAUAUGAGCAAGAUAGCGGUCAUGACAGUGGAAGUGAAGAUACCUGCUUUGACUCAUCACAGCCCUUUACAUUAGUUACUGUCGGUAUGAAGAAAUUUUUUGUCCCCAAGUCACCUACUUCUUCCAAUGAGCCAGAAAAUAGAGUUCUUCCCAUGCCAGCAUGUAUAGGAAUUUUCCUAGACUAUGAUAAAGGCAAAGUUGGGUUCUAUGAUGCAGAUCACAUGAAAUGCCUUUAUGAACGCCAAGUAGACUGUUCAGGUACAAUGUAUCCAGCAUUUGCAUUAAUGGGAAGUGGCGGAAUUCAGCUUGAAGAACCCAUCACAGCAAAGUAUCUGGAAUACCAAGAUAACCUGUAG